AUGACCGCUGAGGAAGUCCAGAACGUCGCGGCGAUGGCUGACGACGAGGUGCCGACGCUAGAGGCAGCUGAGGUGCCCCAGAACGCGAAGCAGUCGAAGCGCUACGCCAAGGCCAUGGUCAAGAUGGGCCUCAAGCCGGAGCUCAACAUAAUGAAGGUGAACAUCCGCAAGGUCGGCUCCCUGUCCUUCGCCAUGGUGCAGCCGGAGGUGUACCGCUUCCCCGGCACCAACACCUUCGUGAUCUUCGGAGAAGCGCAGUUGGAGGACACAAGCGCGCUGGCGCAGGAGGCCGCCGCCCGGGCUGCCGUCUCUGGCGCCGCGGCGGCGUCCUCGGACGCCACAACAUCUGUAUCCGCCGCAGAAGAGGACGACGACGACGACGACGACGUGGGCGCCGGCGACCUGGACGAGAAGGAGAUCAACGUGGUGAUGAGCCAGGCGAAUGUGUCGCGCAAGAAGGCGAUCAAGGCGCUGAAGAACAACAACGGCGACAUCGUCAACACCAUCAUGGAGCUGACCAUGUAG